AACAUAUAAUUCGUUAAAUACAAACAAACUGAAAGUUGUCAACAAUCCAUGUUCAAGAUGGGUGCUGAAGUCGAUCCGAAGAUCGUUGGAGAGUUGGAGAAAAUCUUACGCGAAAAAUACUCGUUUUCAGGAUCACUGAGUGAUAUUGCUUUUGGAGUAUCAACAAACGAAUCGUUUCGUCAGCUGAUCAGUGCUUUAGAGAAGCAAGUCCCGUCUCAAAAGGCAGAGACCAACGAAUCCGAUGAUGGUGAUGAAACUCCAAAAGUUGGAGACAGAGCUCUUGUGCAUUGGUACGGUAAUGGUUGGUUCACUGCUACUAUUGAGAGCUGGGUACCUGAUACUCUAAGCUACAUGAUUCGAUGGACGGACGGAAAUUGGGCAGCAGAAGCAGCAAGAUAUGAUAACUUGUGUGUUGAUAAGGUACCAAGUUCAUCUUCCGUUGGGGUCGGGACAAAGGUUCUCUUUAAGCAAGGCCUCUAUUACUGUGGUAAGAAUAGUGAUGGCAGCAUCUGCGACAGCACUGGCAGGACCCUCUCAGAUGCUAAAAAAUCGGAGCUUGCCAAACUAGGCCAGAUAUCUGAUCGAUGGCAUAUGGGUCGAAUAACAAGCAUCACAAAGGAUGCAAAUGGUGAGCCUCGCUACAACGGGAAACAUGUAGAUUUCACCGAUCCACAGGUUUCCCGAAACAACUAUGUUGGAUAUAGCCUAACUUUCACUGACCUCAGGAUAGAUCAACUCAGGGUUAUUCCAAAUAUUUUCAACUGUUUGGAUUCGGAUACAAAGGGGGAUAAGAAUAAGGAUGCGUCUUGUGACGUAUUCAUAUCGAAAGUUGCUAAAGAUGAUGAGACUGUUACCCGGAUAACAAAGAAGUUUAGCGGCAAGUAUAAGAUACGACAAUCCACUCAUGGCCAAUUAGCAACUGAUAUUCAAUCAGCUGUACAACUCAUCAAGAAUUCUUCCAUCUACCUAGUUUGCCUCAGCGACAACUUCAUCGAGGACAGCCAAGCCAUGUCUGAGCUUCUGUACGCGAAGAAAACACUGGGGAAAACUGUAAUCCCUGUCGUUCUUGGUAAAAGUGAUAACUGGCUUCAGACAACUGCUGGUAUGCUGCUUGCGGGACAACUGUACAUACAAUUUGCGAGUUCUGAUGUGUGGCAAGAGAAGGCUGAAGAACUUGAAGCCAACUUAAAGAAGCAUGUCUUCAAUGAGUCCAAGAACGCCUCGACGGAUAAGAAAUCACAAGGUGAAGAAAUUCCUCCGCGAGUUUUCCUGUCUUACUGCUGGACCAAUUCCAAAUCUUCAUUUGACGCUGGACAGGUCCGAAGCUUUUCUGGCCAUGAAUUUUCCGAUCCCCGAAAAAUCAAACAAGACCUUGAAAAGGUAAUAGGAGAAAAGGUCUGGCUUGACAUUGAACAACUGAACAGCGUUGAUGAUUCUGGUAUGUUCGGGCAAAUCGCCGACGGACUGAAGCAAAGUUCAAUAGUGGUCAUGUGUGUGUCAAAGGAGUACACCAACAGUCAGAAUUGUAAGAUGGAAGCUAAUUUCGCUCUACGAUCUCUUAAGAAGAGUGCUCUCGUGUUAGAGGUUGGUCGAGGGACAGUUGAGGAUAGAGAUGCAUGGAAGGGCAGCAGUGUUGGGAUGGUCCUACCGACAGACCAUCAGCCAUACGUAAUGACUGUGGACACCACGAACUCUACCAAUAGCUAUGAUACCAUCAUCAAGAAGAUCAGUCAGCAUUUGAAAGAAACGGUUCUCACUGAACCACCCAGCUACGACGCGUCUUCAUACCUCGAUCAAACAUACGAUGGAAAUGAAAGUAGUCUGAGAGCAUCCAUCCCAAUGGUUGGAGAUGCCGUCAUUGCUCAUUACGCUGCAUGGCAGUUCUAUCCAGCAGUGGUGGCACACUUUGACAAGUCUAGUAUGAAGUAUACAGUUGACUGGGACGAUCCAGAUCCAAGUUGCAGAACUCAGCCUUAUGAUCUUGUGGCUAUGAAUACCACUCCCACUGAAGACCUGAUUGGUAUAGGCUCCAGAGUGUUGUUCAAGCAAGGCAGAUACCAGUUUGGAGCUUCCACCGGCGACGUCUGGAAUCUUGGAGAAAUAACCAGGACAUACGAUGAAGGUGGGCAGAGGUUCUACGACGGAAAGCAUGCUAAGACGGCCCAAGAUGGGUUAGCAGUUGCCAGCUGGCCGAGUUAUAGACCCACAUUUGAGCGAUCAAGAUGUCAAGAUUUGAGACUGUUCCCGAACGCAAUCGAAAUGCUACAAGCAUACAAGAAUCUUUGAAGAAUCCUAUCAAGGUCUGUUGAUGACAAGGAGGAUUUAUCUUGAUUUUGUUUUGGUUGAUAUUCGCUACCGAAGAAUAUAAAUUGUAGUUGUUCAAAAUUGGAAGCUUGUUCCGUCACAAAAACAUAUUACCAUUGUAUAAAAGCAUUUUAGUCUAUCAUAUUUAUCAUACCACAUAUCGUUUCUUUCGAAUAUCAUAUUUUGUGGUAAUUUUAGAGUAACCCUUUGAAUAUAUAUUACGUCGUAGUGGCGUUUUAAUUUUCAUGAUUAAGGAUUAAAACACAGAUACCAUAUUUACCAAAGUAGAAUUGAUUUCAGGCUGCUCUGAAGUUAGUACAACCCUACUGAACACUUUGAAGCAGUACAUUUCACCCCUAUACCCCUUGGCCCCGUCUUACAAAGAGUUGCCAUUGAUCCGAUCAACCACAGCUAUGGAAAGCCAGCAACGUCAAAAUAUGAAAUGCAUGUUUGCUCGAAUGUUUACAUAAUGGUGUAUAUUCAUACAUUCAUCGUGUUCUUAACAACCCAGUAAACUCUUCUUUGUUCACAAAAGGGCAUUGCCAAAAUGUCCUGUAAGAAAAGUAAUGACAUUGAUGGAUUUCCAUAUAGGUUGAUCGGAUCAAUCACAACUCUUUUUAGGACGGGACCCUGGUAUGUCCCCAUUGAUAGACAAAGCACUUGUCAGUAUUCAAUCAUCUCACUCUCACAUAAGAAUGUUCACAAAAAUAGCUCAAAUAAGAUAAACAAACAAGUGAGAAAUGCAGGAAAUUAUAUAUUUUAAUUUGUAUACUCAUUACAAAUAGAGUAAAAAAAAAUAGUAUCUGAACUAUCAUUUUUUUAUGAGUUAUUUACAUGAAAUCAUCAGACACUAUCUUUAGUAAAAAUGAUGGACUUUCCGAGAAAAAAUACAAUAUCUAGGCUCACAACUAUUAAUGAUCGCAUAUUCAACAUGUUCGUUUUACGAACGAAAGGAGAAUACCUUCGUAUAAACAUCAUAAUUUGAAUUUUGUACGCUGAAAAUAAGUUUAGUCAGCACUAGACACUAAACAUGGAUGCUAGCUUGCAUCCUAUACAAGAAUUACUUUUAGUAUUAAAGCCCCUUCGCUUUCGCGUA